AUGAAAUACUUUGUCCACAUUGAGUUUUUCCUCCAGUGGGGCCACAGGAAGUUGAAGUUAGCAGUAGGUCGCCGGGCCCGGGAAUGGGGAUGGGAUGUGCUUGGUGGCCACAACCUGCUGGGAGCCUGGGAGCUAGCAGAGGCUGGGGGUGAGCUGGCCCCACUCCUCCCACAGAAUGUCAUCAACAACCUGGAGUACUCGAACAAGAAGAGGGUGCAGCAGUUGAGUUCUGAGCUUCAAGAGUGGGAAGAAAUGGAGGAAAGCAAGAUGAACAACCUGAAUUGGCAGGUGGAGCAGCUGAAUGCUGAGAUCCAGAAGAUCCAAGAGGAGGUGAACUUCCUGAGCACCUAUAUGGAUCAUGAGUAUCCUGUCAGGUCAGUCCAGAUUGCCAAUCACAUGAGCCAGGUGCAGCAGGCGAAGGACUGCCAGCAGGAUGAGCUGGAUAGCCUUAACAAGAUGUGCCAAGUGGUCCUGGAGUCUUUGUCCAACACAGUUCAGGAGAAGAAG